AUGCCCAACGAGACAACAGCCCAACGAACAGCAAGCAGCUGCCCCGGCCUUGGCUUGGAAAGGCCCGAAUCGGGAACUUUCCCGCACCCGAAGUUCGUCGAACCACCAGACCCUUCUCCUGUAUCUACCGACCCCCUCAUCAAAUCCCCCCCAACGGCCCAGGCAACAACAAACAUGCUUCCAAAGGUGUUUGCUCGGAAGGCCGCCGCCGCCCAAGCCACCCCCCCGGCCGCCGCCGACAUAGCUACCGAAGCCGAGGCUACCCUGGCCUUGCUGGACGGAGCCGCCGUUCUGAUUCGUGCAGGCUGCCAGGCCCCAAACGCCUCGCCGGCGCUGCCCAAGCACGCCGAAAAUCUCACCGCCGUCAGGGGGCUCGUCCAGAGGAUCAAGUCUCAGGAAGAUCUACACACGCCACUCGUCGGCGCCGCUCUCGAGAAACUCAAGGUCGCUACCAUGGAGCUUGCUCGGCUCUCGAGCGCGGGCCCGGCUAUGCUGGCAACGCAGGGAUUCGACAAUGCGGUGGACGCGGUGGUCCAGGCAGGAAAGAACCUCCGGCAACGGCUGCCGGGCGACAUUUUCACGGCCGACGGGAACGAGGUAAAGGGAAAAUACCAGAUCAACGCGGCCAUAGGAGGAGCCCGCGGGGAUGGGCGCCUGAUCGUUGAAGCUAAGGGAAAUAAGUCUGAAGACGCGGCUCAAAUCAACGCCCCCGUGUUUGGAGAUCCCGCUGCCCUCGCGGGGAUCUUCGCGGCGCUGGGAGGGGUUGGGGCUGGAGUCUCCGUGAAAUAGCGGCAUAUAUGCCCAGGCCGAAUUCUUCGAUGGACAGGCGCUGGCCAGGCCGAGCUGUGGGGGAACCUCUCAUUAGUGCCUAGGAAACUUGUUUCACGUUUAUUGUAGUAGCCAUUUUGUGAACAAUGAGAGACCUAGACUGUCGGUGACCACUAGUACGAGACGUGAUGUCCGUCCAGG